GAGAGUGUGUGUGAGAGAGAGAGAGAGAGAGAGAGAGUGUGAGAGAGAGAGAGAGAGUGUGUGUGAGUGUGUGUGUGUGUGUGUGAGAGAGAGGGAUUGUGUUAUGAAGUUUGCAGCCGGAGGUUUGGACAUUUAUCGCGGAUUUUUCACUUUGAACUCACCGACUGGAGUUUGUGACCUCAUACACAAAAGUGAGAGAGAGAGAGAGAGAGAGAGAGAUCUUCACUAAUAACACUGUUACUGUCUCUACAUCACUUCCUGGACAUUUUGGACCCUACAUGUGAACGCAGCCAGGCCUCAUCAUAAAGUCAUCUGCUUUAGAUUUUUUACUUUUGUGAAAAUCACGACUCUCAUUAAAAAUGGGCGGUGGCAUUUCAUUGCAUCACUUUCUGAAAGUUCUGGGCACUGAAAGUAGAAUGAAGAGUUGACUGGCGCAGUACCGUACUGCUCACCGUGAACAGGAAGACACUUUCUGGCUGAAUUAGCAGACGAUCACAACAAAGGAAGGAGCGUGUCGUGUUGUUGCCAUGCCAAUCCUGAAGCAGCUAGUCUUGGGUUCGUCUGGGUCAAAGCGCCGUUCUCGGACUGACCUGACAGUGGAGAUGAUUAGUGCACCGCUUUCUGAUUUCCGCCACACCAUGCACGUUGGCCAUGGUGGGGAUGCCUUCGGAGACACGUCGUUCCUCAGCGUGCCACACAAAUCAACCAAUCAGGUGCGUAAGAAUGACUUUCUGCUGCGCAGAUUCAGAGGCAGCAAACGCUCGCAGUCCGAGAGGAACUCCAGUGCUGUGAGCUACAUCCUACCAGCUAACAGCACAAUCUCCCUUCCUUAUGUGAGUGAAGAUCAGGAUGUGACCCUCAGCCUUCCAAAAAGCACCUCCUUAAAUUUUCCAGAAACAAAUGGAAAAACAGCAGUGGUGGGUGGGCGGAGCUUAGAGGUGGAGGAGCAGUGUUUUGGAGAGCCCAGUGAACUCCCCAAGUUCACACCACCCUCUGGGACAGGAAUGAAACAUGCAGAGUCCAUGCUGUCCUUCCACAUUGAUCUCGGGCCCUCCAUGCUCGGAGAUGUCCUCGGUGUCAUGGACCAGACUGAGCAGGACCAAGAGGACCCCACGGAAGAUCAGAGGCGGGGCUGGAAGGUGCUGUGCCCACCCAAGAAUGUGUCCACAUCCAGCCCUGAGUUAAAGGAGGAGAGAAAACAAAAAGCACAUGAGAGUAAGACAUGUACUACCCCAUCCAGCAUGAACGUCAAUGACCAAGACUUCCUGUUUAUGGACGAGGAUGAGGAUGAGAUCAGAGUAUGAGCACAACUUCAACACUUAAAGCACAUCAGGACCCAAUAACAGAGGGGACAACAGCACCAGAGUUGGAGUGGACGUUUUUGUCUUGUGUGUUUGCUUAAAGUGUAUGAGAUCUUCAAAUGUUCUCUUUCUUUUUUUUUUUUUUAAUUCCAUUUCAGUGCCAAACAGUUUGGUUCCACUGGUCCUAAAAUGGAACCCACCAGAACCUCAGACCUGCCACCACUGUGAUGUCAAAAGUUUGUGGACACCUCACCGUUACACACAUACGUGUUGAAGGCUUUCCACUAGAUUUUGGGCAUGGCUGUGGGGAUUUGUGUCAAUUCGGCUACAGGAGCAUGAGUGAGAUCUGACCGUGAUGUAAGGUGAGGAGGUUUGAGGUGCAGUCGGUGUUCCAGAUCAUCCCCAUGGUUGUGCUGAAAAUGGUUGUAAUCCUAACUUGAUCUAACCCUAGCAGUACCAGGUAGACACUCGGUAAAGCGAGGUGACACUUGAUCAUAAACACGGGAGACGGUCCCUUAAAGAGUUACACUAGAACAUGAGAUGUUCUAACCUUAGCACGGAACUUCCAUAAAAAGAUGUACAUGGAGUUUUAUUUGGUGAAGACUCAGAUUAAAUGAACUCAGACUGCCAAGUUUGCCUUUUAUCGACUCGUCCUUUCUGGAUUUCAGUUUAAUAAAAGUAUAAAGAUGAUUGCAUAUUUUGUUGUGUACAAAUAAAUUUGAAAUAAAAAGAAAAACUGCAGUUACAUGAGCAAAAUAUCAAACUCGUUCUAUAUUUUGCUAAAUACGAAGCAAGAUGUCUGCAAGAGCAAAUAAAUGUUUGACAGAUUAACUGUCUGCAGUGAAGCUUUUAUCUUUUUUAGCAAUCUGAGCUUCGAGUCCGAGAUGUAUCGCAGUCCUGACAGGAUAUGGGUUUACUGGGUCUUUCAUAGUUAAGAGUGAGCAAACAAUGUAUUGAAAAGGUUCUGGUCUGUUUACAAUCAGCCCAGUUUCUCUACAUUUCAUAUACUUGGGUUAUUUCUAGCAUCUUGAUGAUGAAACUGCUCUCUGUGAGACUGUUAAGGCGUGGAGCUUGAAGAUGGGGAAAUCCCCGCCUCUGAAUUUCUGGUUUCAGAAUGACUCAUGAGUGUGACCGCAAGAACUCGUGUCACCAAACCAUCAGUCUCUGUCGACAGUGUGAGGAGAUGAACUCAUUGCGCCCAGCCUCUCCUUUAUUUCCUCUAGCUUUUCCUGCUUUAAACAGCUUCCUGAGAGUCUUUUUCCGUCGGUUCCCGGUGCACUAAUUCUUCUUGAUGUCUUUCUGCGUUUGGAGCUAAGGGUAGAUUGAUCAUAAGGUGUUCAGUCAGGGCUCUCUUCAAGACACUCGAGUUCUUCCAUUCCAACCUUAACACACCAUGUUGUCAAGGCUUUUUUAUGGUCAUUUGCACCAUAUACGGUACAGUUGGUACAGUACACAGUUAAAGCUAAAUGAUGUUUCUCCGGGACCAUGGGGCUACACUAAACAUCACAGGACAACAAUCUACUAAUAACAUAAAGUGCAGACAACAAGGACAGUGCAAAAAUGACAAGCAUAAACGGACAGUCCGGUCCCAACCAGUACCUGUUACUGAUAAUGUGCGGAAAGUUGAGUAUGCGUUUUGAGGGAGCAAUAUGUUAAAAAUAAAUAAAUGUAAACCUUGUAAAAGUGUUGGUGUAUUGUUCUUCACUGUGCAAAUUCUGCAGUGGGAGUGGUGUGAUCAGCAGUCCGUGUGCAUCAGUCUAGUCCGUCAGAGUUGAGGAGUCUGAUGGCAUGCGGAAAAAAACUGUUAGAGUUUGGCUAUGAAGGCCCCAAUGCUUUGGUACCUUUUUCCAGACAGCAGGAGGGUGAAGAGAUUGUGUGAGGGGUGUGUGGGGUCAGCCACAAUGCUGGUGGCAUCGUCAUGCUGGAGCAGGUUUGGGACUCUUGGUUCCAGUUAAGGGAAACUGUAAUGUUACAGUAAGCAGAGACGUUCUGUACAACUGUGGGCUUCAGACUUUAUGGCAGCAUGUUGAAGAACAGCACAUGGGUGUGAUGGUCAGAUGUCCUCAUACUUUUGGCUGUAUCGUGUAUGUGUAGCCUGAUGAUGAGGUGGAACUGAUGCUCAGUGUUACACCUGGGUCAUACGUUUGUGGGUGGGGUUCAGUGUGAUACUGAAUCACGGUCUAAAGCUGCUGUAAAAUUCAGGCUGAGGCACGGACCGUGCAUGACCAGAUUGUGUGUGCUGAAACACUUGUGUGGUGAGUCUCGUGGUGAUGACCAUGUGUAACAAUUCUCUGCGUGAUGAGACGCUGCAUGACGAGCCUCUCCAAUGACAAGACUCUGGAUGGUGGGACUGUGACGAGACCUGGAUUAACAAGGCAAUGUAACAAUUCUUGGUGGAACCAGAUGUCCCGUAACGAGUCUCAAUAUAAAAGGGUUCUCUGUGAUGAGAUUAGGUGUAAUGAGCACUCCAGUAGAUUCAUUUUGUAAAAAUUAUACGAUGGAAAUUCAAGAUAGCUGCCAUGCACUAAACAUCUUGGACAGUUUUGUGGCUGAAAGUGACUUUCUGGAAAUACACAUGCAGUUAUUUUUAGCUGUCAGUGUGGCACUGGUGUAAGAACUUUGGUGUGUUUUUGUUAGCCUUGUGCUAGCCAUUAGCUAAGAUGAUUGGAAAGUGUGUUUCAUAAUAAUCGUUCUCAGCAGUGAACCAUUCAGUAGUUCAGACAUGUCUGACACUGCAGGAAAAAUGGUUCUACCUGGAACCUUUAACGUUUCCUCUCUUUCUUCCUGAUUUCUUCCCACAUUGUGUUUGUUCUUCUGAAAAGGUGCAUUAAUUUAGAAGAGUGGGUUAAUGGAAAUUUAGAAUAUUUUACACUCUGAUUAUAAUACAGUACGUACAUACAGUUAUGGCAACUGUGUCGGAAUUUUCUAAUUCAUGACACAUGAGGGUUUAAGAGGUUGUUUUGGGAAAUGUAACAAAAAUAUUUUUAAUGUAGAAUUUAUACAAUUAGAAUGGUGCUAAUGUUUUGAUGGUACAUUCUGGUAAGUUAAAGGGGGUGUUUUUUGCAGCAAUAGUGUGAGAUGAUUAAUAACUGUAAUACAUUCAUCAGUAUGUUAAUGAAUAUUUAAAAAAAAUUUAAAGAGCUCUAAUAAUAAUUUGCAGUCAGUGUGUGGCUGUGUUUAAAAUAUUUAUUCCUCUUUUCGAUUGGUGUAUGA